CCUUGCGGCAAUAGUGCCCCGGUGUAUCCCAGCAGCCUUUGCGGCUGUACUGCCCCGGUGUAUCCCGGCGUGCCCCGCGCGCUCCCUCACGGCGCUCCCGCCAUGGCUCAGGGCCGGCCCAAAGCGGCGGCCAAGCGCCCCAAAGCGGCGGCGGCGGCUCGCGGGACCCGGGGCCCGCGUAAGGGAGGCCGCACCAUCGCCCCCAAGAAGCUCCGGGUGAUCCAGCAGCAGAAGCUGAAGAAGCGCCUGGAGGUCGGGAUCCGGAUGCGGAUCGAGCAGGAGACGGUGCAGCGAGCGCAGGGCAGCCUGCCCAAAAAGCUGGCCCUGGUCACGGCGCCCAACAAGGAGAAAAAAGCCAAGAAGGGCCGCAGCUGAACCCCCCUGCAGCGACCUCCGCGAGGGUCUGGGGAGCUGCUCUGAGCCCCCGACGUUCUUUAAUAAAAGGGAUUUGCGGGCGGUGUCCCCCCGCACCCGCAA